AUGGAUUAUGAAAUUUUAUUAAAUAAACAAAGAUCAGUAAAAAUAUGGAUAGAAUUUAUAUUGGGUAUUAAUCUUGGUGAUGUUAAUGUUUUUGAUGCAAUUAGAGAUGGUAGAUUACUUUGUAAAAUAAUGAAUAGUUUUCAUGAUAGAAUCGAUUAUAUUCAUUAUAGCAAUGUUGUACCUGUUUCACCAUUUAAAAGAACAGAGAAUAUAAAUUUAUUUUUAAAGAAAUGCAGAUUAUAUUUACCACCAGAAUCAUUAUUCAAUAUUAAUGAUUUAGAGAAGAAUGAAAAACCAGAAUUAGUAUUAGAUUGUUUAAUACAAUUAUCAGAAUAUUUCUUACAAAAUAGAAUUCCACCUGGUAAUGCUAGUGAAAAUGGUAGUAAUGAGGAUGGUUUCCCUUCUGAUGAUCUUUCUUAUUAUGAUAAUAAUGGUAAUAUUAUUAAUAAUAAUAAUAAUAAUUAUAAUAACCAUAAUAAUAAUAAUAAUAUUUUUUACAAUAUUAAUAAUAAUAAUCAUAAUAAUAAUAAUCAUAAUCAUAAUAAUAAUAAUAAUAAUAAUAAUAAUAAUAAUAAUAAUAAUAAUAAUAUUAAUAAUUAUAAUAAAAAUAAUAAUAAUAAUAAUAAUAAUAAUAAUAAUAAUAAUAAUAAUAAUAAUAAUAAUAAUAAUGAUAAUUUAAACAAUUCAUCAUCAUCAAAUUCAUCAAAUCAAUUCAUUGAUGAAAAUGAAAAUGAAAAAAAUAAUUAUCAAUAUCAAUUUCAAUACCUUCAACAUCAACAAUUCUUAUAUCAACAACAACAACUUUUAAUUGAACAACAACAAAGAUUACAACAACAACAACAGCAACACCAAUUAAAACUAAGACAACAACAACAGCAACAGCAACAACAACAACAACAACAAUUACAAGGAGAAGAAGAAGAACAAGAUGGUAAUCAAGAAAAUUAUGAACAAGAUAAUGAUCAAAUUCAAGAAAAUUUAGAAUAUGGAGAAGAUGGUGAAAUUAAUAAUGAAUCAGAAAAUAGAGCUGUACCUUUUAAAAAAGGAAUGAAUGGUCAUAUUUUAGAUUGUAUAUUAGAGGUUAAACAUUAUGUACUUGUACCAUUAUUCAUAUCAGUAGCGGCUGGUUUUGGUAUUAAAAUGGGUAGAUCAAUAUUUGUAAAUAUGGUAGAUUUUAAUUAUUCACUAUUUUUUACAAGAUCUUAUUCUCAUGUUUCCACCAUCAUCACAAAUAAACUCGCUCAUUCUCUUUCUUCUUUACCUUCUAUCACUUUUAAAGACAUUACAAAUGUUUUAAAUUCAUUUAUCGAUUAUACUAAAGAUAACCUUUUAAAAAAAUAG